ACCCUUCUUCCCCUUUCCCUCCCCACUCAUCACUUAAUUUUCUGUUUCAUGAUUUGCUACAAAGAGGGAAAUUUAAUGGAACCCCUUUUUGCUUCUGCUUGCACCUCGACUCUUAACUGAUCCUUUUGUUUUCUAGGGAAGUUUUCUUUUUUAUCCUCAAAGAACACUGCCCAGCGACUUUUCAACACUCUUCCGUUGAACGCAUACUUGCUUUCCCCUCUAAACCGGCCCUUGAGAUCUGGAAAUGAAAAAGAAAUGGCUGCUUUAUAUUGUUCAUUGCAGAGAGCCUAAACAAGGAGAAGAAUCUGAAGCUACUCGGAUUCUUAAUCUGCGGCCCGAAGAGGAGACUCAGCAGAAGAUGAGGAAAACUGUUUUGCAGAAAUUGCAUGAUGUUUUUGGUGGAUCAGAUGAGGAUAAUUUCGCACUUGGUUUGGAUAAGGUUACUGGUACUGAGAUGUUCUUUUUAGCAUCCAUGUAUUUUUCUUUUCCACCUGGACAAGGUGGUCCGGGGAAAUGUUUUGCAUCUGGGAAACAUGUUUGGAUUAUGGAUGCUUUGAAGUCGGGUUCUGAUUAUUGUGUUCGGUCCUUUAUGACAAGGUCUGCCGGAGUUCAGACCAUUGUUUUGGUCCCUACUGAUGUUGGUGUUGUUGAAUUGGGGUCCGUGAGACUGGUACCUGAAAGCUUAGAGUUGUUGCAAUCGAUAGUAAGUUCAUUCUCAUCUAAGUCGGCAUUGCUUUUGAAUUCAACUAUUGUGGAGGGAUUGCAAGUGGGAGUAGCGAUGCCAAUGGUGCAUGAGAAAAACGAUGAAAACACCAUUGUUUUGAACUCGACAAUCGUGGAGAGAUUUCAAGGCAUUCCCAAGAUUUUUGGGCAGGAUCUGAACAACACUUCGAAUGGCCGAUCAAGUCAUCGGGAGAAACUUGCUGUUAGACCGACAUGGGGAGCACAUGUUAAUGGAGGUGGGCUUUCGUUUUCAAGUAAUCAAAAUGGUCAUAAUUGGUCACAUGUUCAUGGUGUGAAACAAGGUAGCCCAAUAGAGUUUCAAGAGUUUGCCAAUGAGGCUCGGGAUGAGUUUCGGUUUAACCAUCAUCAGUCACAAAAGACAGUUCAAAUGCAGAUUGAUUUCUCCGGGGCUACUUCAAGGUCUUACGUGAGUACUCAGCCAUUGGGCGCUGAAUCCGAACACUCAGAUGUCGAAGCACCGUGCAAGGAAGAGAAGCCGAGUGCAGCUGAUGAGAGGAAGCCCAGGAAAAGAGGUAGGAAGCCUGCUAAUGGAAGAGAAGAAGCUCUUAAUCAUGUUGAAGCAGAGAGGCAGCGGCGUGAGAAGCUGAACCAACGGUUCUAUGCCUUGCGAGCCAUUGUGCCUAACAUAUCAAAGAUGGACAAAGCUUCAUUGUUGGGAGAUGCAAUUGCUUACAUCAAUGAGCUUCAAGCAAAACUUCAGGUCAUGGAAAGAGAGAGGGAAAAGUUUGGUAGUACUUCAAGAGUUUCACCAGGGUUGGAUCCUAAUAGAAACGCAGAGAAUCAUAGCCAAGCUCCUGAUAUCAAUGUUCAAGCUGUUGACGAUGCAGUUGUUGUAAGAGUAAACUGUCCUUUAGAUUCACAUCCUGCAUCAAGAGUAAUCCAAGCAUUCAAAGAGGCACAGAUUGAUAUAGUCGACUCGAAACUCAUUGCAGCAGAUGAUACUGUGUUCCAUACAUUUGUGGUCAAGUCUCACGGACCGGAACCUCUGACAAGGGAACAGUUGAUAGCGGCAUUUUCAGGUGAACCGAAUUCCUUGAAGCCAUUUUCAUCGCAUGGAUAGCACGCACGGUUGCGUUUAAAACAGUCCGUAGGGUUUAAAAAGUUAUAACGAGGGAACCUGAUUGGAAGCUUCUUCAAAGGAUUCGACAUACAACAAGGUAGUGCAGCAGCCAAUUGCGUGUGAUUGUUGAUAUUAUAUAUUCUGCCGUAUUGAGGUAUAUUUGCAGGAUUACUUUAAAUGUCGAGUUUAACCAACUUAUGCCUUGUUGGUUGCUUUAGAAACAGAUUCCCUCUUUUUUUCUUCUUUAUUUACCCCUAGUCUUUUAAAUAUGGGUAUAUUUAUUUUUGGAUACCUUGCUAUGCCAUUUUGAGGAGAAAAAUGAAAUUUAUUAGUCCAAUUUCCACCGCCAAGGAAACAGAAUCUAUGAUAAGCUAGAGAACAAUGCAUGAAAUUCGACGGUGAAGAUGUUUUGGGUUUUGUAAG